UCCAUUUUAUAAAAAAAAUUCAUUGAAAUGGAAGUAAAUGAAAAAGUAAAUACGGGUUGCAACAUUAAAGAGUAACAACACGUGUCGAUUUCGGGAUGGACAAUUCGAGAGCAUUUACCGUGGUCAAAAACUCAACCUAACCACGGUUAAGAUUUAUUCAAGAAACAAUGGAGAUCUCGACACGUGUCUCAAUCUAAAAUACCCAAUGAUAUUAUCUCACAGAUAUUCCCUUCCUCUAUAAAUAUCUCCUCUUCGUCCUCAACAGCUUCUCCAGAAAAUCUAGGUCACACACUUUUUUUUUAUUCCUCCUCCCAAAAUCGAACAACAAUGGCGACGCAUCCCAAAGUUUUCUUCGACAUGACCAUCGGCGGUGCACCGGCGGGGAAGAUCGUGAUGGAGCUUUACACCGACAAGACACCAAAGACGGCGGAGAAUUUCAGAGCUCUAUGCACCGGAGAGAAAGGCGUUGGACGUAGCGGGAAGCCACUUCACUUCAAAGGAUCUGCGUUUCACCGUGUGAUCCCUAAUUUCAUGUGUCAAGGAGGAGAUUUCACCAAUGGAAACGGAACUGGUGGUGAAUCGAUCUACGGAUCCAAGUUUGAGGAUGAGAAUUUCGAGAGGAAGCACACAGGACCUGGGAUAUUGUCGAUGGCUAACGCUGGUGCUAACACUAAUGGAUCUCAGUUUUUCAUCUGUACGGUGAAGACUGAUUGGCUCGAUGGUAAGCAUGUGGUGUUUGGUCAGGUGAUUGAAGGCUUGGACGUUGUUAAGGCUAUUGAGAAGAGUGGAUCUUCGGCUGGGAAGCCGACGAAGCCUGUUGUCAUUGCUGAUUGUGGUGAGAUCUCUUCUUAGAUUCCGGUGAUGGAUCUAGGGUUUGUAGAAGUUUCUUCUUAGCUAUUAUGGACUCUCUGUGAUGUUUGCUCUGUUUCUGCUUUUGGGUAUUUUCCUAAUUAAGCACCAUUAAUAAUAAGUUUUUUAAGGAAUUGUGG